AUGGCUUCUUACGAGAAGCCCGAGGUUAUCUCCAUCUCACCUCUUCUCAAACGCCUGGCCUACCCCGCUACCGCGGACAUUCAAGUCAGCGCAGAGGAUAUCGCUUCUGCCUUUGCUUUGAUCUUUGAAGAUCGUCUGUCAGAUAUUCAGACGGCAGCUUUGUUGACCCUUCUCCACUCCACCGGAAAGGACAAAGAUGCUGCUGUGAUUGCGAAAUGCUCUCACCGGAUGCGCGAGGCUGCUACUCAUAUCGAUAAAGCUUCCCUGAAGAAAGCUGUCAAAGCCCGAGGAAAGCGCGAGGGUAAAUACAACGGUGGACUGUGCGACAUUGUCGGAACUGGCGGAGACUCACAUUCGACCUUCAAUGUCUCGACUACUUCGUCAAUUAUUGCUUCGCCACUGUUGAUGACCGCGAAGCAUGGAAACCGCGCUCAAACUUCUUUCUCUGGAUCCGCCGACGUCCUCAAUGCCGUUCAACCCAUUCCUCCCAACAUUUCCGCCGUGAACGCAUCCAACGUGGCCAAAGUGUACGAGGAAACAAACUAUGCAUUCCUUUUCGCGCCAAACUUCCACCCCGGCAUGAUGUAUGCCAAUCCCGUUCGCCGCAGUCUUGGUCUCCGAACAAUCUUCAACUUGAUGGGUCCUCUGGCAAACCCCGUUGAAUGGGCCAUUGAAGCGCGUCUUGUGGGUGUUGCUUACCAGAGCCUUGGUCCUGUCUUUGUUGAGGCCCUCAGACAGGCUGGUGCCAAGAAGGCGCUCGUUGUCUGCGGCGAUGAGGACAUGGAUGAGAUCAGCUGUGCUGGAAAGACCCACUGCUGGAGACUGUCUGAGUACCCCAAUCCAGCGUACAAGGAGUCGGGUAAUCAAGACGAUGACUCAAGCGACGACGAGGAAAACCCUAAAACAUUGGUCAAGCUCGAUGUCUUCCAGCUUCAUCCCUCUGACUUCGGUGUACCUACCCACCCACUCAGCGAGGUUUACGGACGCAAGAUGCCCAAGGACAACGCGGCCAAGCUGAUGAGCAUUCUUCGGAAUGAGCUGCCUCGUGACGACCCUAUUCUGGAAUUCGUUCUCAUGAACGUUGCUGCUCUUCUGGUUACCUCCGGUAUCUGCGAGGCGGAUACCAGUAACAUGGGUCCGGGUGAUGAUGGCCAGGUUAUCACUGAGCGCGGCCCUGGUGGUGGCCGCUGGAAGGAAGGUCUGCGCCGGGCACGCUGGGCGAUUGAAAGCGGCGCAGCCUUGAAAAGCUUCGAGCAGUUUAUCGAGGUCACCAACAAGUUCGCAUGA